CAAAUUUUGUCAAAAAAAGAGUAAUUGGGCAAAAACCCCUUUCUCUACUUAAUUCUCCCAGGAAUUUAUACCUUUUCAUUCAAUGACCUGGAUUUUCAGAAACAAAAUGUUCAGAUAAUUCUACGGUAUUCUACCAAAAGGAGACCUAUAUAGAUAACAUGUAUAUACACACCAUGUCGUAUGUAGACUUGGUGCUCAAAAACGGGAGAAUAAUCGAUCCUGUGAAUCGAGUGGACAUGGUGGCUGAUAUAGCUGUCAAUAAUGGAACAAUUCUGUCGAUUGGCAAUAAUGCACAGUUUCAGGCUAAAAAAACGUUCGAUGCUGGCGGUUGCUUAGUAACGCCUGGUCUGAUUGAUUGCCAUGUUCACUGUUACCAGUAUGCUACACCACUGGGGAUUAACCCAGAUGAACAUUGUCUUUCCCGUGGUGUUACUACUGUCGUUGACGCAGGGAGUGCAGGUGCUUCAACCUUUGAAGGGUUGCGGAGAUACGUAGCAGAGAAAUGUAAAGCACGAAUGCUGUCAUUUGUGCACAUAGCACAGCACGGUUUGGCAGCAGCAGGAUGUGCCUCCGGAGCACCGGGUGGAGAAUUGGAUUCACUGAAUGUCGUAUCAGUUGAUGAAUGUGUGAAAUGUGUGACUGAAAAUCGCGAUAUUGUUGUGGGAAUCAAACUUCGUCUAUCGGACUCCAUUGCAGAUGAGGGUAAAAAUGAAAUGGAAGCUUACAGGCGAGCACUGCAGGCCUCAGAAAGAGCAGGAGUUCCUUUGAUGGUUCAUCACACAAUGUCAACUGUACCAACACAAGUUAAUGAUGACAAGUCCUCAUCACUAGGAUGUCCACGUGAUCUGAAAGCUGGAGAUUUAUACACCCACACCUAUCAUCCUUACAGAUCCUCCAUCGUGGACCCAACUACCCAAACUAUCUAUCCAGAUGUCUUAAAAGCCAGACAGAAGGGCGUGCUAUACGAUGUUGGACAUGGACAAGGCUCAUUUGGCUGGACCGUGGCAGAAAUCUCCUCAACCUCGGGCUUUUAUCCAGACAUCAUUAGUACUGACCUACACACUGGAAAUCACAGGGGACCUGCAUAUGAUCUUCCCACAGUAAUGUCUAAAUUUCUGCACCUUGGCAUGCCUCUGGUUGAGGUUAUCCAUGCUGUAACCUCAACUUCAGCAAAGGCAAUAGGAUGGGGGGAUAGAAUAGGUAGUUUGACACCUGGAAAAGAGGCGGAUAUCACUGUUCUGAAAUUAGAUGAGGGUCCAGUUUCGCUAGAGGAUUGUCAAUCACAGGUUCGAGUUUUGGACAAAGUUUUCAAACCAGUUGCUGUUUGGAGGGCAGGGAACCAGUACCCAAUCACAGUUUCCGAUCCUUUCCCAAAUCGUGAUGCCAUGAAGUUGAAUUUAAGAGAAUGGGAUAAAAUUCUGAUCAGAGAUAAAGAUAAACCAGUGAUACAAUAAACCAAUGUUGUCUACUUGCAAAGAAUUGAUAAUUAAACAAAAAAAACUUCUCCAGACCUCCAUUAUUAACUAUACAUGUACAUUGAACACUGCAAGGGAAAAGUAUCUGCUAGUCUUAAAAGGUUAUGUUUGUAAUAAAUAAGUAUUCCAAAUAUAAAAGCAAUAUCAAC